AUGAGCAUUCUCAAUAUGAUCACCAGCUAUGCUGGUAGCCAGUUUUUGCCCUUCUAUAUCACCGUAUUCAUCUUAACCUUAGUCCCAUGGGUAAUCCGUUUCUCUUGGCCAGAAUUACGCAAGGGAUCGGAGGUGCCACUUGCGAACCCGCCCGAAUCACUCUUCGGCACCGGUAAAACCAGGAGAAAUUUCGUCAAACUUAGCAGAGAAAUUCUGGCCAAAGCGAGAAGCUUGUUCCCUGAUGAGCCUUUUCGCCUGAUCACGGACUGGGGUGAGGUCCUCAUUCUCCCGCCAGAUUUUGCAGAUGAGAUUCGAAAUGAUCCGAGACUGAGCUUCUCCAAGGCAGCAAUGCAGGGAGAUAACGUGCUACAGGAUAAUCAUGCUGGAAUACCUGGAUUUGAGACUGUUGCCCUGGUCGGUCGUGAAGAUCAGCUUAUUCAGAAGGUGGCCCGCAAGCAGUUGACUAAACAUCUCUUGUCGCUCAACUUUGGAGAGACAACAGGCAAGUCCCCUUUCCGAGCACAUCAGUCAGGGGCUAUCACUAACCGACCAAAAAACACAGAAUGGCGAGCGAUACGACUCAAACCAGCGAUUCUAGACAUCAUCGCCCGCAUCUCGUCAAGAAUCUACCUCGGCGACCAACUUUGCCGUAACGAAGCGUGGUUAAAGAUCACCAAGACAUACACCACCAACUUCUACACGGCAUCUACGAACCUACGAAUGUUCCCACGAUCGAUCCGUCCUCUUGCCCACUGGUUCCUCCCCGAAUGCAGAAAGCUUCGACAGGAGCGUAAGGAUGCAGUUGGUAUCAUCACGCCCCUGAUUGAGCGCCGUCGUGAGCUUCGAAGAGCCGCGGCCGCAGCCGGUCAGCCUCUGCCUGUGUUUCAUGACGCUAUUGACUGGUCGGAACAGGAGGCAGAAGCUGCAGGCUCAGGGCCCGCGUUCGAUCCGGUAAUCUUCCAGCUUACUCUAUCCCUUCUUGCAAUUCAUACCACGUAUGAUCUCCUUCAGCAGACAAUGAUUGAUCUAGGUCGCCAUCCUGAGUAUAUCGAGCCCCUGAGGCAGGAAGUCGUGCAGCUGCUUCGCGAGGAAGGUUGGAAGAAAACAACCCUUUUCAAGAUGAAGCUCCUGGACAGUGCCAUCAAAGAAUCUCAGCGCAUGAAGCCUGGCAGUAUAGUUACUAUGCGUCGCUAUGUGACCGAAGACAUCACUCUCUCCAGCGGCCUAACCCUCAAAAGGGGGACCCGCCUCAACGUAGACAACAGACGUCUCGACGAUCCCAAGAUCUACGAAAAGCCCGAGGUCUACAAUCCCUAUCGCUUUUACGACAUGCGCUCCGAAGCCGGCAAAGACCACGGGGCACAGCUCGUAUCAACUGGCUCAAACCAUAUGGGCUUCGGCCACGGUCAGCAUUCGUGUCCAGGGCGCUUUUUCGCUGCCAAUGAGAUCAAAGUAGCGCUCUGCCACAUCUUGGUCAAGUAUGAUUGGAAGCUGUGUCCUGACACGGAGACGAAGCCUGAUACAAGGGGAAUGAUCGCCAAGUCCAGUCCUGUCACGGAUAUUCUUAUUAAGCGCCGGGAGUCGGUUGAGUUGGAUUUGGAAGCAAUCUGA